AUGGAAUGGUUGGAGUUGAGUUCCAAGAAGAUCAAAGCUUCCUUGGUCAUCAUUGCUAUAGGUUUCUCUCUACUUAUAUUAACGUUCACCUCAAAUUUUGGUCAUUUAAAGGGGUUUUCAAUAGGUGAGGUACUAAGUGAAAGAAGUCCAAACGUUACAACAAAUGGCUCUGUAUUGGGAACUAAGAACUUCACAGGAUCAAGAGAUUCCUCCUCACUUACAAGAAAUCAUGCUGACAAAUUCAUUGACGGUCUUCUCACUUCAGGGUUUGAUGAAGGAUCAUGCUUAAGCAGAUUUCAGUCCUACUUAUAUAGCAAAGCAUCCCCUCAUAAGCCCUCUCCAUAUCUCAUAUCCAAACUACGAAACUAUGAAGUUCUUCACAAAAAAUGUGGACCUCAUACUAGAUCUUACAAAAGAACCAUGGUAAUGCUCAAAAGGUUUAGGACUAAUGUCACUGCUAAAUUUAACUACAUUGUCUGGACACCUGCCAAUGGCUUAGGGAACAGAAUGGUGAGCAUGGCUGCAUCAUUCCUUUAUGCACUCUUAACAGACAGAGUCCUACUUGUAGAAUUUCAGAAUGAUAUGGUUGGUCUAUUUUGUGAACCGUUCCCCAAUUCAUCAUGGAUAUUGCCCAAGGACUUUCCUUUUACUAAAAACCAAGGACAUUUUGAAACAUACCAAAGCAUGUUAAAGAAGGACAUGCAAAACCAUUCAAAGGAGAUUUUACCAUCAGUUCUACAUCUGAAUAUACAACACUCCAAAGAUGAUCCUGAAAGGUUUUUCUGCUGUGAUCAUAGUCAACAUCUUCUCCAAAAAGUACCCCUCUUGAUUUUCGUCUCUGAUCAAUAUUUUGUACCUUGUCUUUUUAUGGUUCCAUCCUUUAGCCAAGAACUAAACAAAAUGUUCCCUGAGAAAGAUACUGUUUUCCACCAUCUGGGACGCUACCUCUUUCUCCCUUCCAAUGAGGUAUGGGGACCAAUUAGCAGAUUCUAUCAAGCAUAUUUGGUCAAUGCAGAUGAGAGGAUUGGCCUCCAAAUUAGAGUAUUCAAUCCUGAUCUCACUCCAUAUCAAACAAUUAUGAAUCAAGUUUUAAACUGCACCCUUAAUCAUAAGAUACUACCUGAUUUUACCACGGAAGGUUCAAAAGUUUCUCCAUGGAAAAAUCAGACAUUGAAAUCUGUUCUCGUAGCAUCUUUGUAUCCAAAGUAUGGUGAGAACCUUAGGAAUAUGUAUUUGACAAGACCUACUGUUACUGGGGAGAUCAUAGGAGUUUAUCAACCAAGUCACGAAGGGCAACAAAAGUUCCAUGAUAACAUGCACAACAUGAAGGCAUGGACAGAAAUAUAUCUAUUAAGUUUAUGUGAUGUUUUGGUGACUAGCUCUCUAUCGACAUUUGGGUAUGUGGCUCAGAGUUUGGGAGGCCUGAAACCAUGGGUUCUUUACAAAUUACAAGACAAGAACAUCCCGGAUCCGUCCUGUGUAAGAGACUUCUCUAUGGAACCUUGUUUUCAUGUUCCACCUAAAAUUGAUUGCAUGCAAAAGCCCAUAGAAAAUAUUGGUACACUUUUUCCUUAUAUAAGGAGAUGCAUGGAUUAUGGAUUGGGUGUAAAGUUGGUCAAUGAUCAUCAAUAG